GGCGGGGCCUAUCGCUGAUCCGAAAGGGCGAUGACCUAGAGUGGGCUGACCCAUUGCACCAAGGCUCGGCAAAUUCUAGCAUUUCCCCAAGGGGAAAAUGCACGUCGUAAUUUGUGAUAGAGGAGGGCUCGCGUUCGCGCGGCCCUCCACCUUUGGAAAACAAAUAGCAAUUUCUAUGUACCUUUUCGAAGGUCUACAACUGUGAUACCAGUUGAUGGAAUACACUGUACGACGACGAUGGAGUGUAGAUGAGUCGGUGUACCGGCAGCUUCUGUCGACUCUGUGUACAACAUUACUGUGCUGUCGUUUGAUUCGAAGCGAAGGAGAUUUUAUUACCGUAUCGAGUGACAAGUCUCGUGACACGAGUAAAUGUCGACAAAAGCGUGACAGACAGAAUCGCAGUAGUCCAAAUAUGAAGAUGAAACAACUUUCUAUCACGUCGUGCGGAGACGAGCUACGUAUACUAGUUAAAUUCGUCUGUGUCUGAGUGAGUUCGUGACCAAGGGAGACAGCAGUUUGAAUGGGAACACUUGGCACUACUCAACGCUAGGUAUUCUGCAUGUACUUCAGUAAGUCAAUUACAAAUGUUUUCAUUGCUGCUUCUUCUGAAAUCUUGAUUCCUUCCUAAGUGAAGGGCAGUAUUGAUAGUUCUGGCUGAGCUGCCGAAGCGACUAAUAUCUCUAUUUGCAUUUUCUGGGGUUCAUGUUCAAGCUUCAGAUCGAUGACC